AUGUUUCCAAGACUGUUCUUCAAUUUUACUAAACAAAAAUUACCAGUCCUGGUUUGCUCUGCACCAAAACAUACAUUAGACUUUUCAAAAGUACCUAAAAUUCAAGAACAUGAUUUAUCUGAACAAUUUGUUAGAGGAAGUGGUCCAGGAGGCUCAGCUGUCAAUAAAAAUGCUAAUUGUGUUGUCUUGACUCAUAUUCCCUCAGGUGUCAUAGUUAAAUGUCACCUCAGUAGAUGUCAGGAUGAAAACAGAAAACUUGCCCGAGAAAUGCUUAUAAAAAAACUAGAUGAAGCUGUAAAUGGGGAGGACAGUAUAAGCUCUCAAAAAAAGCUACUACGGGAAAAUAAAUUGAAAAAAUCAGAAUAUAAAAGGAAGAAAAAAGCUAAGCUGAAAGAAGAAUGGAAGAAAAGGGAGGGUUUACUGUAA